GCGGGGAGGGAGGGACGAGAGGCGCCGGAGUGCGAGCCGGAGCCCGGGCCGUCCGCUCCGCGACAUGGCGGCAGCCGCGCAGAAUUUUAGGUGUCACAGAGAGGAAUAAUCUUCAUCAGCCUGAUGGUCAUCAAGGAUCUGAACUCUGCUGGUUUUAUCUAGAUGGAUGAAAAGGUUAACAGCCCAGAGAGGUUUUCAAGAUGGCAGCAAGUAGUGGCGAAAGCCAGCUGCAGCGGAUUAUCAGGGACUUGCAAGAUGCUGUGACUGAAUUAAGUAAAGAAUUUAAAGAAGGAGGGGAACCAAUCACAGAUGACAGUGUCAACUUGCAGAAGUUCUCCUACAAGCUUGAGUACCUUCUACAGUUUGACCAGAAGGAAAAAACCACGUUGCUGGGGAACAGAAAAGACUACUGGGAUUAUUUCUGUGACUGUCUGGCAAAAGUCAAAGGAGCUAAUGAUGGAAUCCGCUUUGUCAAAUCUAUUACAGAGCUACGAACAUCUCUUGGAAAAGGAAGAGCAUUUCUUCGUUACUCCCUGGUUCACCAAAGGCUAGCAGACACCUUGCAGCAAUGUUUUAUGAACACCAAGGUGACCAGUGACUGGUACUAUGCAAGAAGCCCAUUUCUGAAUUCCAAAAUGAGUUCUGACAUUGUGGGUCAACUCUAUGAGCUCACUGACAUCCAGUUUGACUUGGCAUCAAGAGGCUAUGAUUUAGAUGCUGCUUGGCCAGCAUUUGCCAGGAGGACGCUGUCCUCACUUGGAUCUUCAGCAUACUUAUGGAAGCCUCCAAGUCGCAGUUCCAGCAUGAGCAGCUUAGUGAGCAAUUAUUUGCAGGCCCAAGAAUUUCCCUCCAGCCCUGAUGCAAAUAACUCACUACAUGUUGAACACCUUGAGGGCUUUGAAGAGAUGCGUGUAGAACUUGACCAGGCUGAGCUGAGGCAGAGGGAGCUUCAACAUCGUAUUCACCAGCUGGAAGUGGAAAACCAGGAGCUCCAGGCAGCUGUGAGCCUUCAGAAAGAACAAGUACAGGUAGAAAAGGAGAAGAGCAAUAACUGCAGUGAGGAGAACUCCCGGCUGACAAAGAUGAUCACAGAGUUACAGAAGCAGUGUGAGGUCUCGCACUCCACUCAAAGCACUGUUCAUGACCUGCAGAAGUGCCUCCAGUCACUGGAACUGAAUGCAGUGGAGCAGCAGAAGGAAUACUCAACAAAGCUGGAGCAGCUGGUGGCCAGCAAGGAAGACUGGGCCUCAAAACUGCAGGUGUUAAAUCAGGAGCUGGCGGCAUCCAGAGCUUUGGUUGCUAUGAAAGAUCUUUGCAUCGAUGAGCUCAAAGCCAAACUGAGUUCCACCGAACAAAAGAACCUUAACCUCCUUGCAAAGUUUGAUGCUGCCUUGGAGGAAAAGGGACAGCAAGCCACAGCCCACUGUGACUCUGCCCUACAGAUACAGGCACUGUUAGAGAAGCUUCAGGAGGUGGAAAAGGAAAAGACAGAUAUGCAAAGACUCAGUGAUGAACGUGCAUCUCAGCUGAAAGCAGCAAGGGAGGAGCUGCAGCUGAAGGAAGAGGCACAGAAGGAACUGGAAUCCAGAUACAAUCGCCUCACUGCUGACUCAAAAGAAGAGAGUGAAAAGCUGCUUGGGAGCCUGGAAACCAUGGCAAAGGAAAUGGAUGCACUUCAGAAAGCCCUGACUCUGAAAGAGAAGGAGAUGGCUGAGCUCCAGACCCAGGUAAUGGAGUCGCUGGCUCAGGUGGGGUCACUGGAAAAAAAUCUUGAGGAAACAAGGAAAGAAAAAGAGAAACUUGAGGAGGAGUAUAGUAGCAGGGAAGGAGCACUGAAGCAGGACACUCAGUUACAAGCAGAACGACUUGAACUACAGGAGGGUCGCUUAACAAAGGUGAGUCAGACUGUGCGUAGCCUUGAGGAGCAAAACCAGAAACUCUUGUCUGAGAAGGAACAUCUCAGCCAGAAGGUCAAGGAGCUGGAGGAGCAGAUGAAGCAGCAAAACUCUGCAGUGAGUGAAAUGGGUGAGGAAAGCAGGAAGUUGAAAGCAGAGAAUGCGAAUUUGCAGCAGUCCAAGAAGAAGAUGGAAGGGAAGCUGAAAAAUGUGGAAGCUUCUAAAGCUUCCUUGGAAGCUGAGGUGGCCAAGCUGAGAGCCUCUGAGAAACAGCUGCAGGGUGCGAUAGAUGAUGCCCUGGUGUCAGUUGAUGAAAAAGAGAAGAAGCUUCGUGCUGAGAACAGACAGUUGGAUGAAGACUUGCAGAAUGCCAGGAGGCAAAGCCAGAUUCUGGAGGAGAGAUUAGAGGCUCUGCACUCAGACUAUGAAGAACUAAAGCAAAGAGAAGAGACCACCAUGGAGUCCUAUGCCUCACUUGAAGGGCAGCUGAAGAGUGCCAAACAGCAUAGUUUACAAAUGGAAAAAAGCUUGGGCACCUUGAAGGAAAGCAAAGACUGUCUCCAGUCACAGCUCACGGAAAAGGAAGUAGAACUGCAAGGCAAGGAGAGUCAAUGUGAGCAGCUAAGAGCAGAAGCUGAAGGACAUAGAAAGAGAGCAGAGACUCUUGAGGUAGAAAAGCUCAGUGUUGAAAAGACAUGCCUUCAUCAGACAACACCCAUUGAAUCCCUCACAUCAGAAAAGGAAUCGCUGGAAAAACAGCAACUACAGAAGGCAACUUCUGUGGAGCAGGAGGCAAAAGAGUUGGCCUCCAGGCUCACUAUGAGUGAAGAGCAGUUGGAGAUCAGCCGAGGUGAAGGGUCCAGGCUGCAGGCAGAAGUCCUGGAUCUGCGAGUCAAGCUUCAGCAGGCCACUGAUGAGAGAGAGCAGAUGAGAGGUGAGCUGGCAAUCACAGAGACUGCCUUGAGUGAGCAGAAGGCACUUGUCCAGCAGCUGAAAGAGCAAAGUGAAUCACUCAACAGAAACCACGUGCAAGAACUGGUGCAAUGCAAAGAAAGAGAAGAAGUGUUGAAAAAGGAGCAGGAGACAGCAGCCCAUCAAAAAGCUGAGCUAGAAAACAAUUUGCUGAACCUGAAGGAAGAGCUGUGCAAAGUUAAGCAGUACUUGGAAGUUGCUAAAAUGGAAAAUGAUGAAAACAAAGAUCUCCUCCACAGGACCAACACGGAUAUGGCUGAGCUUGGUAUUCAGAUUUGUACCUUGACCUCUGAGAAGGUGGAAGCAGAAGAGCAGUUAGCCCAGGCUGUAGAAAUGCUGAAAGAACUGGAAGAACAGACAGCAGAGCAAGAGGAGAAGCUACAGCUUGAAAUCUCUAAUCUCAGACAGGAGAACAAAAGCCUGCAAGAGAAAUUAGAGGAGGCUCAAACGUGUGCCGCGGCUGUCCCAGGUCUGCAUUUGCAGCUGGAGACAGUAAGGAAGCAGGCACAGAGCUUCCAAGAGACCAGCCAAGAAGAGCUGUCUGCAAUAAAAUUUCAAAUGAGCACAGAGAUUCUAAAUUAUCAGACAAAAUUCAAGGCUGUCAGUGAAGAGUGUGGGAAAGUAAGAGAGCAACUUGAGGAGCAGAAGCGACAACAGCGUGCUGCAGAGGAGGAGAUUGCAGAGUUACAAGCUGCAAACACGAGGUUGACUAGAAAGCUGGAUGAAGCAAGAGAGCAGCUGUCUGAAUCAGAAUCUGCUCGGCUGCAGAAGGAAGAGGAGGUGGCAUCUCUGAGAGAGCACUUGGAAAGGAUCCAAAAAGAGGCCGAUGAAGCAAAAGAGAAGGUCCUGGAUUACAGUGAGAAGCUCAGCAAGGUGGCAGCAGACAAAGACAGCAGCGACCAGAAGUUAAUUGCUGAACUGGAUGACCUGACAAGAACAAAACAGUUCCUUGAAGAACGUUUGAUAGAACUUAUCAGAGAUAAGGAUGCUUUGUGGCAAAAAUCAGAUGCUCUGGAGUUCCAGCAGAAGCUUAGUGCAGAGCAAAGGUGGCAGGGAGACACAGAGGUUAAUCAUUGUCUGGACUGCCAGAGAGAGUUCUCAUGGAUGGUGCGCCGACACCACUGCAGAAUGUGUGGUCGCAUUUUCUGCUACUACUGCUGCAACAACUACAUGGUGACAAAGCCUGGUGGGAAGAAGGAGCGUUGCUGCAGAGCUUGCUUCAGUAGGCCUAGAGUCAUUGUGGACAGUCCAGAUGACUCUGGAUCCAGUGCCAACCAGGAAGGAUCUCCAGCAUCAUUGGAAUCCCCCGUGUCACCAUCUGAGAGGGCUUUUGUUGCAAGUGAAGCCUCUAAACCACUGGAUGAUGCAGCGUUUGAUAUAAUCACUGAUGAGGAGCUAUGUCAAGUACAAGAGUCAGACUCUCUCCACAGUGACAGUCAGAUGGAGGCAGAUUCUCUGGAUCAAAGUGUGACAGAUCUAAACAGCACGUGUAAUUCUUCGACCUUUGAUGAAUCAGAAGAGUGCCAAGUUGCUCAAGAUGCUGAGAUAUGCUUGUUGAAAUCAGGAGAAAUCAUGAUCAAAUUACCCCUUACAGUGGAAGAGAUCUUGAAUUUUGGAGAAAGCAACAGAGAGCUGUUCAUUAAAUCCAGCACCUACAGUAUCAUUCCCAUCAGUGUAACAGAGAUGGGGCUAACAAUUAGCUGGAUCUUUUCAUCAGACCCUAAAAGCAUAUCCUUCAGUGUUGUCUACCAAGAAUCAGAAGACACACCACUGGAGCAGUACAAAGUUCUUAUUCCUAUGACCCGCUGCAACUCUCACAAAGAAACCAUCAGAGGACAGGUGAAAGUCAGAAACCCUGGAAUCUACACACUGAUAUUUGACAACACAUUCUCUAGGUUUAUCUCAAAAAGAGUGUUUUAUCACUUGGCUGUCGAGCGACCUGUCAUCUAUGAUGGAAGUGAUUUUCCAUAGCCUUGCCUACACUGUGUUCUUUUUAAUGUGAUUUGUAAGAAAUGCUGUUAUUUAUGUACAUGUCACCAUGACAAUUACCACUGUGUUUGAAGACUUUGAAACUAUGCAAUAGGUAUCAUGCACUUAGAGAACAAGUAUACACUAAAGAAACUGAAGCCUUUGUAGGAACACUAAUGGUUCUGUACUGUGUACAGGUUGCUGAAAAGCCAUUGCUGUUUGAUUUAACAGGUCACCCAUAACCAAACCUGUUCUUUUUAUCAGUGGGGAGAAAAAUAAGUGUGGGGAUGUCUAAAUGCAGACUGAAAUUCUCUACUGCAAAUUGAGUUGCCCUUCUUCCAAAAAUAGCCUUCAAAAAGGAAAAUGAAAGGAAAAUGCAUGUUUCUGUGGACCUCUUCACUGAGGAGUAAACAAGUUCUGUUCUGCUCUGCUGCUCUUAGAGUCAGAACAACAGCUGUGCAGCACUUUGGUCUUCAAGGGCCUGUAUUGCAAUCCAGGUCGAAUUUUGUAUCUUUUCCAGGUUUUAUAAACAGCAAACAUAAGGGUUUUUUACAUUUUGGGCUAAGAUUUGGUAAAUCUUUUAACUGGCUUUUACAAAAGCUUUGGUACUGAAUACCAGUUACAAAACAGCACAACGUGCAACAGCAACUCCCUUGGCUUUCGCUCACUGUACUCUGUAAGCUGACCCACUGAAACCAACUCUUACAGCAAGUACCAGUGGCACAAUCAGGAGUAUCAUUUGUAGAAUAAAGUACUGCUCACUGUGUGAUACUGGGAAGAGGAGCAUUCCUCUUUCCUCCUUUAGCACCUUAGUCAUCAGCACUCACAGGAAAGCACAGUUCUGGAGGAGGUCAGCUCUCUCUCUCUGGAGCACAGGAAAAGUAGCAAUACUGUUUGAAUUGGUCUCAAAAUGUCCAUCCACAACUGUGUAUCCAGCCCUGAUGAGCUCUCCAGCUGGGGUUAGUGUGUCCUGUCCAUUUCCUCCUAACCCUUCCAGUUGCCCUAACCAUCUGCUAACUUUCCAUCUCAGAUUUGGGGACAGAGCUGGCUGUAACCAGUGCCUUGUAAGGAAGACCUGGGUUCUCAUUUGUGAAAUGUUCCCAUGCAAACCAUCUACUUCCUCUGUAGAGUUUGGUCAGAGUAUCUCAAAGUGAAUUCUCCUCUUUAAAAUUCCUGUCUUCUGAUGGAAAGGCAAAAUAUUUUGUCAGGAGAAAGGAAAGAAGAGAUUUAUGAGGAGAAAGGAGAGCCAGCCCUCCUCAUUCUCUUCUGGUCUGGUUUCUGAUGUUAUUGUUUUCCCAAGGAAAGCUCAGACCUGGAAGGUUUUAGCACAGCAGUUGGUAGUAGACCAGCUCAGCCUGCCAGGAACCCUGUAGACUCUUGGUGACAGCUGUAGAGAGAAAAUGAAGGGAAGGAAGGAAAAAGGGCAAGUACAAGCUGAAGCAAAUUAUUUAGGGGAGGGGAAAGAAAGCGCAGCGGCACACUUACAAAAACAAGGGCAGGGAACUGGAGGCAUCAGCACAACUAGGGAAGGAAGGUGGGAGAGUCUAAGUGUUGCUGGUCCAAUCCAUUACCUGUAAGGCAUCUCCUUUGGCAGCAAAAGGCUGGUUGUUUGAAAGGUGGAGAUCACAAGACAACUGUUGGAUAUUUGCAUAGCAGCAGCUGAUGUAGGGGGAAAUUUGUGAAUACGGGAAAGAAAUUACUACAGAUAAAGCUAAAGGCAGCUAAUCACUCACUCCUGUUGUUACCACCAUACAAAUAUAGUCAUCUUGAAGAAGAUUGUGAAAGUGUGAGGGGCACUCAGGAUUUAGGUUGCAUGUACAAGGCUUUGUAACAGAGCAAAUCACUCUCUGAGUGGUGUCAAGCUGAAGUGGGGUGGCCUUUCCAGCUCAGAUGGAUGACUGGCUCACCCCGAGGCUUUUCCUUCCCUUCAGAUGCCUCUUCCUGGCAUGGAUGGCAUGCACCCCAGCCUCUGGCAGCAGAGGGCUCAGUGCAAAGUGCUGCUUUACCCCCUGCUCCCCAUGGAACAGGCUGCAAUGCAGUCAAACCCUGGCCCUGUGCAGGAAAACGGGACGGACAAGAGACUGAAGGGGGCAAUAAACGACACACGGAUUGCUCCUUGAAUUAUGGGAGAGUUCAUUGCUGAAGCUAUGUUUUGUAUUUAAUGAGGCAGGAAGAGAUUAUUUAUUGCUUAAAAAUGGAGGACUGUGUACCACACACUAUGCAAUUUCACUGAGCUGUUCCUGAAGCCCUCUGCAGUUCUCCUUUAAGCUUUUAGGUGUGGUUUUUAAAAGCAUUUUGCUAUUGUUUUAGUUAGAAUACUAAUCUUACUAGGAUAUCUUUCUUAAAAUGCCAAAUGUAAGGUAAAGGGACACUGUCAAGUAUUUUAGGCCAAAAUAUGACAACUCUGCUUAGAAGUGUUCAAAGUAUCUCCAUCCAGACUUGCCUCUGGAUUUCCUCUCUGCUUCCCACUUCUUAACAUUUUGUCAUCCUGUGGCAAAUAUUUGUAAGCUACUGCUUAUAUAACUCUAGUAAGCCAGAUGUUUCCCUGCCAGUCUUUCAGGUAGACAGUCCUGAGGCUGUCUGAACCAUGUGUUUGGGAGGAGGGGAAUAACACCACUGGAUCGAUUUUAUUUAGCAUUUGAGUCGUUGUGGUACCUUUUGUUCAGGUGUUCCUGCCCCAUGAGAGUAGUUGUAUGGAUGAUUGCUCUCUGAAAGAAGACUUAAGAGUGGGAGCCAGAAGCUAUUGAUAAGAAAAGGUUUGCUUCUAACCAAGGAAAAUAUUUAAGAAGGAGGAAAAGUAUCAAAAGAGGAAAUACUCCAACUGGUAAGUGGAGACAGGAGUUCAAAAACAGGAGUCCAAUCGUGUCCCCUAGAACAGGGAGUCUUGUACACCUCCAAGGCUGUGCAGAGAAGACAGUGAAGAACCUCUUACAACCUUCUGUUGGAUUGUCCCAGAUGGUUUAUUACUGGAGCCAUGGAAACCCAACAAAGGAGUUGGCACAAGUGUAGGUUGGUGCUAGAGAUUGUUUCAUUCAAGCACCUUACACCUCCAUUCAUAAAGCACUUGUUCAGUGGCCUGAUAAAUCUGUUUAUGAACAGGUACUCAGGUAUUUGUUGCAUUGGGCGCUUUAUUAUCCACAGUAAUGCAAUUAAGAGAAGACAAAUAUUUUGAUAGUGAAAUUAGCUGAAGGGGAUGUCAGCCAUGGGACAAAGAGAGUAUUCAUUGUGGUCAGCACAAGCAACUUGGGUGUUUUUUCUGGAUGCUGGAACAAUGAGGGUAAAAUUUGCAGAGGUUUGUGUGAAGGAAAGAACGUUGUUGCUUUAAGAACGUGCCAGUGUUCCUUUACUCAGCUUUGCUUGAUGAGAAAUCACAGAGAUGUAUUGCACAAGAGUGUUGUUACCACGUUACAAAACAGCAAAGCUGCAAAAGCCUGACUUUGCUCCUUUUUUUAAAAUGGCAAUUGCACUAUAGUUUUAAUUAUGCUCAAUCACCAAGGCUGUAACUUGUUCACAAGCAUCUUUUGGUCUUGACUGCCAAAGAAUUCCAAAGCCUGUUCACAUCAAACUUCACGCUCCAGAUUGGGGAAGAAGAGGUUUGUGUGUAGCAGUAUCUGUGCAGUUACAGAGAUGGAGACUGUUGUGUACUGGAAUGUUUCUUGAUGCUUUUUUCUUUUCCCCCUUUUUUAACCUCAGGAAUUACAAAACAAAUAAAAUUCUCUAUCAUUGAGAA